AUGUGUUCUUUUAUAUUUUUUGUUCUUUCUUAUUAUAAAGAUCGAUUAUUGAAUUAUAUACCAAAUGUUCAAUCUUUAUGCGUCCAUAUAUAUACUGAUUUACAAAAUGUUUCUAAUUAUUCAUCAAUAAAUAAUUCAUCGAUUAUUAAUUUAUCGAUUCGUUCAUUACAAAUUUCAACAAUAAAUAAUAUUCCAUUUAAUCAUAUAGAAAAUUUAUUUAAAAAUUCCUUUAAAUCUUUACAAACUUUGAAAUUCUUUUUCAAAACGGAUGCAUCGAGUCAAUCAUGCCUUGAUUACAUUGAUGAUAAACGAUGGGAAUUUUUAUUACAAUCGUUAGUAUCAUUAGAAAAUUUUCAUUGUUGUAUUGAAUUACCAAUUCAAUCAAAAUUAGUAGAAAAUUUAUUUGAACAAAAUCAAUUUUUUCUUAAACGAAAUUGGGUAUUUUUUAUUGAAACUUACACAUAUUCCUUCAAUACAAUUUGUCGCUUAUAUACUAAGCCUUAUCUGAAAAGACGGCUUGAUAUCAUUCCCUCGAAAGCAUUUGUCGUUAAUAAUAAUUCUUAUUCGCGUGUACGUGAUCUUCGAAUAUUGAUAGAUAUCAUUCCAGUAAAUAUUUCUAAUAAUAUAUCAGAACUUAUCUAUAAAAAUGUCACGUCAUUAACACUUAUAUCAAAUAAAUCAUUUAAUGAACAAUCAUUUCUUACUUAUUUAUUUUCAAUAAUAAAUCAAACUAAUCUAUUUUAUUUAACAAUUCAAUUGGAUAAUUGUUCAAAACAUUUUCUUUUGAAUCUUAUUGAGAAUUGUUCAAAACUUUAUUCAUUAACAUUAUCAACAUAUCAUAGUUGGUCAAAAUUAAUUCAAUUAUCAUCACAAAUAUCAAAAAGUAACCUUCGAUCAUUAACUGUUUAUGAGUUAUUUAUUGAUUUUAAUCAAUAUUAUUUAAUACAUCAAUUAUUUAAUCAAUUAGAAAUACUUUCUCUUACUGUUACUACAAUUGAAGACUGUUAUCGAUUAUUAUCGUUAUUAUUUAUUGGAAAUAAAAGAAAAACACUAGAAAAAAUACGAUCAUUAUCAAUCAAAUGCGAUUUUAAUGAGCCAGACACAAUAGCAAAUUGGAUCCGAUCGAAUAUUCCUAGGAAAUUAUCAUAUAAAUGUACAACAAGUGUUUUGUUUAUUUGGUUCUAA